AGACGAAAGUUUUGUUUUGGCUCUGGCUACAGCUUAAAUUGGAGUUAUGAGCCUCAUGUGGGACCCCGGCGACCUGGCCUACCUGGCUUCUUGCGCGCUGCUGCAACUCGCGCUUGUGGUCCGGUUCUUUCAGAAAGCUUGGCCGUGGCGCCGGCGUGUCGCAACGGCCUUCCGUGAGCUGCCGAAAUUCGCAGGCGUGGUGAGUCAGUGGCUACAAAGGCCAUGCGAUUCAGACCGGGUCCUUCGCAAGCAGGUCUCCCAGUUGCAGCUGGAGUUUGCACAGUCUUACUUCUCUGUCGGAGCGGCUACUUUGUGCCUUUCGCUCUCUUCUUUGGAGAGGAACCUCCUUGCUGGCCAUCCACGGCCACAGUUCUUCACAGCCUUGGCUACUUGGAAUGGGUUGCUCUACAGCUUUUGCCUUGUUGCAACUUGGCUGCCCGGCAUCUUGACGCUGCGCACGCUGAACCUUUGGUGCCUCAUUUCCCAUGUCUUUGUGGCUGUCUGGCUGAGCCCCAACGGAUGCGAUGCGCCCCACGCCUUUGCCGUGCGGCUUUUCUGCCUUGGGGUCAUACAGGUGCCAUGCCUGUUGUUUGUCCAGAGUUGGCUCAUGGCGUGCGUGGUCCACCUGGGCGUGGCCGGUAUUGUGGUGCUGCGGGCGCUGCUCGGCGACGCAGAAGACGCUGCCGGCACCAUCUUCCAGCACCCGAGCACGCUGUUCGGAGCUGAGCUAAUCAUGGCUGCUUGUGUAGGCAUCUUGGUCCGCUUCCUCUACAAUUCCUUCGAACAAAGAGUCGCAUCGCGACUACGUGAAAGUCACGUCUCCUCCCAGCUGGAUGCUGCCUCUGGCUUGCUGCAGCUGACCUGCGAGGCAGUGCUGGAGCUGGACGAUGACUUGAGGCUCACAGAGCACUGCCCCAAGCUGGCCGCCAUGCUCCUGCGAGGUGGCUCUUCCACUCAAGGCUUGCGGUUCUCCGAAUUCGUUGCAAGAGAUGAAGCCGCGAGGGCAGAAGAGAUUCUUCGCGGAUCCAGCUCCGUUGCCCAGGCGUUUCACACACAUUUGGUGGACAGUUGUGCUAGCAAGUUUCGCACCGAGGUUUUUCAAGUCACGUACCAAGUGCCAAGUGGGCAGCACCGGCAUCUCAUUGGCCUGCGUGACUUCACAGACUUGCAGUCGCUGGCUGGAAACAAGGCAGCUGAUGCGAUCCAUGACGUGGAUAGAGAGCUCGAACUCUAUGACGGUCUGAGCAGUUUACGUGGGCAUUCUGAAUCUGUUCCCGAGGCCGGUAUCCAUCCGCCAGCAAGUUCGUCUGUAGAGUCCAACAUGGACGGGAGCCAUGGUCGUAGGAUUGUGGAGCAAGCAGUUGCGCUCCAGGGCAAGAACAUGUUCCUUGACAUUGAUUGUCAAGCCAUGCAGGUGUGUGCUGCUUCCGCCCCUUUGACGUCUUUGAUUGGGCGCGGCCUGUCAGAAGUCUUCGUGUACAACUACACACUGGAGCUAUGCAUGAGGCUUUGGCACCAGGCAAAGCAAAGCCAGGACUUGCCAGACAACAUGGUGAGCUUUGAGCGAAUGCCGCUCUUCUGCUUGCCCCGCACUAUCGACAUUUCCGGGAUUAUGCAAUUGUCUAGGACGAGCCUGGGAGACCUGCAUGUGAUUUUGAACUUCAGGCCCUCCGCGUUCGUACAGCUUUAAGUCCCUGGAUGGUUUCAUAUUUUUGAACUAAUUUGAAUUAUUCUUCGCUCACUUGCCCAAAGCCGACCUUUUGAGCCUUUAGUUUCGCCUUCU